UUUUUCUUCCGGUCGCAGGAAAGAGAUCGAAAUCGAAGCGAAAGAGGCGCUGCUUCGCUUCCUCUUGUCGAUCGAUCGAUCGGUCAUCAACCGGCGAGACAUGGCUCACCGAACCGUCGUGCGCCGAGCUCGCUCCGUCGCUCGUGCUCUCUCUCCGUGGCCUUCCCGCCGUGGCGCCGUCGACGACGACGUUCGCGCUCGCUUCCGCCGCGGCCUCUCCGGCUCCGAUUCUCCGAAGCGUCCAGGCCCACUUGAACAAUACAAGGAUCUCAUCAAGCAGGGAAAGCUGCAGCAUGAUUCUUACCAGGAAAGCGUAGCUAUCGAAUUGGAAAAUCUACUCGGGCGGCUGGAACAGUAUGAGAAAGAUAUGGAAGAGUAUCAUAUGAAGCUAGCCAAUUGGGAGAACAAGAGGGAGGAUGAACGCCGCAGGAUUUUGAUGGGAGAAGCAGAGAUGAAGCAGCAUGGAAAUAUAUGGUCAUCGGUCAGCAAGCAGAGAAAUAAGCUGGCUGAGAAGUGGAUGUCUCGGAAUAGGCCUGAACCAGGAGUUGGAAAAUGGGUCUCAUAUCUCAACAGAGAGAGGAAGUUGGACUCAAUUGUUGGUCGGCGUCCUACUGCACCUCCUGCUCCAAGAGGACUUUACCUGUAUGGCAAUGUGGGAAGUGGGAAGACAAUGCUUAUGGAUAUGUUUUAUAGCGCUACCGAUGGUAUUAUUAAGCAUAGAAGACGGUAUCACUUUCAUGAGGCAAUGCUUGAGAUUAAUGCACGCAUGCAUCAGAUUUGGAAGAAACAAGUAGAGGACAAGCCUUUGCAGUCCAGUAUAUCUAGCUGGAUCAUGAAUCUCCCCUUUGAUACAAAAGUUAAGGAAUGGUUGGCUGCAGAAGAAAGGUACAAGCAAGAGGUACAGAUGAAGAACAUCCUACCAGCGGUGGCAGACAUGUUUCUCAUAGAUCAGAGAGAGGAUCAUGGAGGAGCCAGUGUUCUUUGCUUCGAUGAGAUACAGACUGUUGAUGUAUUUGCAAUUGUCGCCUUAUCUGGAAUUCUAAGCAGAUUAUUGAGCAGUGGAACAGUUCUUGUGGCCACCAGUAACAGAGCACCAAAUGAUUUAAAUCAAGAUGGAAUGCAGCGGGAUAUCUUUCUUAAAUUAGUCCGGAAAUUGGAGGAACACUGUCAGACAAUUCUGAUAGGAAGUGACAUUGACUAUCGACGUCUUAUAGCAGAAAGAUGCAUAGACCAGGCUCAUUUUUUGUGGCCUUUAGAUGGCAAUGCUCAGAAGGAAUUCCAGAGGGUUUGGCAUGAGAUAACAAGCAAGUCAGGUGGACAAAUAACUUCCACGACUCUAGGAGUGAUGUUUGGAAGAACACUGAACGUUCCAGAAAGCUGCAAUGGAGUGGCACGGUUUACAUUUGAGCAUCUAUGCGGUCGGCCGGUGGGAGCUGCAGAUUAUAUUGCAGUUGCUAGGAACUAUCAUACUGUCUUCAUAUCUGACAUUCCCAAAAUGAGCAUGAGCAUCCGUGAUAAGGCAAGGAGGUUUAUCACCCUCAUCGAUGAGCUAUACAACCAUCACUGCCGCCUAGUUUGCUCUGCAGCUUCUUCUAUUGAUGAUUUAUUUCAAGGAACUGAAGAUGGUACUCUGUUUGAUUUGGAGAGCUUUCAAUUUGAGACUGAGAUAGAAGGAAGUAAACUUCGUCGAGAUGUCUUAGCAGAAGGCAAUAUGAGUUCUGGAGGUGCACCAACUGGGAUCAUAUCAAUGCUAUCUGGUCAAGAAGAAAUGUUUGCAUUUCGCCGAGCAGUAUCACGCUUAAUUGAAAUGCAGACACCUUUGUAUCUGGACGGAGUUCAGAGUUAUCAUCCUUCUUUUGAGAGACAUCGCCAAGAAUUGGAAAAUUAAAAGUAGAGUGAAUCACGAUCUUGUGAAAAGUGAUAAAACUAUUAUCGCAGUUUCCAAUUGUUCUAUUUUCUGUCUAUUUGAUGUCCAACAAAAAUAAUGUGAUGUAUUAUUCCGUUAGUGAGUGCCAGAUGAAGUCCACAAUCAAUUAUACAAAAUUUAUUCUUCGACCAGGUCUCCCCAUUAUUCAGAUGUCUUGACCUUGGCCUUUGCAAAGCAAUAAAAAAGAACAUGCCUUGGAUUCGUCAUUCUUUUUGACAGAGUGACUUGAUGGAUUCAUCAUGCGUUUUGACAGAGUAAUUGAUGAUGGAGCAUUUUCUAGAAGUUCCAUAGAUUACAUGCUGAUUCUGCUAGAGUUGAUUCAUGCCUAUUCGCUGCCUCCCUGGAUGUUUCUUGUAAUGGAAAUCUAAUAUCUUAGUCAAGACGAUUACACACUGGUGGUUUCAUGUUGUCGUGGGGCAAGUUAGAGUAACAUCUGGUAAUGUACAGGCUACAUGUGUAAAGCAGAUUCCUUGGGUAUUUAUCAUAUGAAGCUACCUUCACAACAAAAGACAUGAAGUUACUGGUGUUGUCAUCAGGCUGUUUAUGCUUAUACAGCUUGUAUGUUGAAAUAAACCUUCCAAUUUUGGCUCGCAUUCUCAUCAAA